CACCCUGCCCGUGGCUGACCACGCCCGCCCUGCCUGUGGCUGACCACGCCCACCCUGCCUGUGGCUGACCACGCCCACCCUGCCUGUGGCUGACCACGCCCAACCUGCCUUGAGUUUGCCACGCCCUACACUUUAAGCUAAGCGCAUCCUGUUAAGCUAGUGGGUCUGAGAAUUAUCUUCCACACGGCCCAGUCUCAGAUCAAGCCUCUUAAUUAAGCUGGGGAGGAUAGAUUACAGAAUUAAGAACUACGAAGUACAUAGGAAAGUAAAGGACGGUAGCAUCUUCCUUGUAUGACUGCUGUCUACCAACUGCCUGUGUUGCGGGUUGACCACAUCUACCAACAGUUUGUUGCAGUGCAGUGUAGCAACCCAGUCUACCAGUCAAGAAAAUGACUUCGAAACGUAAGAAUAUGAGACUCAUAUAUAUGAAGGUUGGAGGUUCAGCUCCAAUGGGGUCUUCUCUGAGGGCAAGAUCAUUUGUCCUUGGUGUGAUGGUGGCUUCCUUAACUUGGGCCAUUAUCAUAUAUCUCUAUUUCUCCCUCGCUCAGGAGUCGACCUUGUCUUCUCAGUAUCAACGUAGCAGUAAUCCUCGUGGUCCAGAAGGGCCUCAUGAGCUGCAUGUACGACAAAGCGGAAUAAGGGAGAUUGAAGGCCGUUCAGAGUUGAGACCAGCGAGAGGGAAAAAGUACAUGCAACAAUCAAACAAUGAGCUCAGCAAUAAGAUUGUUAGAAAGAAUAGUGUAAAUACAGGUAAUAGGAUUAUAGACAGAAGGAAAUAUAAAAAUAGCGAUAACUUUCGCAAAAAUGAAAUUGACAGAAAAGGAAGUAAACAGAUAGUGAAUAUUGAGCAAAAUGAAAUAGUAGAUAAUGAAGUUUCUGCUGAUCAAAGUGUCCUGGCUGAGCUUGGGUUGGUGAAGACUCGUCAAGAUCAAGAGGAAAAGGAAAAAGGUUAUCGUCUCCAUGCUUUCAAUACACUUAUAUCUACACGCCUCUCCUUACAUCGUCCCAUACCAGACACCAGAAACAAUAGAUGUAAGGAUAUAGAGUAUCCGUCCCAGCUUCCAUCAGCAUCUAUUGUAAUAUGCUUUUUUCGAGAAGAUCAUUCUGCUUUGCUUCGAACAGUACAUUCCAUUCUUGACCGGACACCUUCCCAUCUCCUACAUGAAAUCUUGCUAAUUGAUGACACAAAUGAAGAGAAGUAUCAUGCUGAGGUGUUAGACGAGAUGAAAGGAAUCAGCAAUAAAGUCUGUGUUCUCAAAACACCCCAGAGGGAGGGUCUGAUCCGAGCACGUGUUUUCGGUGCCAGACAUGCUACUGGCCAGGUGCUUGUCUUCUUAGAUAGCCAUGUUGAAGUGAAUGUAGGCUGGAUGGAGCCAUUGUUGGCACGAGUGUCAGAACACCACAACCAUGUAGUCACUCCAAUCAUUGAUGUAAUUUCUCCUGACACUUUUCAAUAUUCUGCCUCCCCUCUGGUGCGUGGGGGCUUUAAUUGGGGUCUCCAUUUCAAGUGGGAUACAAUUCCAGCAUUGUAUUUUGCUGACAAAAGUAAUUUUGUCAAGCCUAUUAGAUCUCCUACCAUGGCAGGAGGUCUUUUUGCUAUGGAUCGUAACUAUUUCAAAGAACUUGGUGAAUAUGACACAGGAAUGGAUGUCUGGGGUGGAGAGAAUCUUGAAAUGUCAUUUAGGAUAUGGAUGUGUGGCGGGGAGCUGGAAAUUAUACCUUGUUCUCGUGUGGGGCACAUUUUCCGCCGCCGCCGACCCUAUGGGGGACCAGGAGGGCAGGAUUCCCUCUUGCGAAACUCAUUAAGAGUGGCUCAUGUUUGGUUGGAUGAUUAUAAGGUAAGAGAUAAUAUAAAGAUGCUUGUGUACACUAUAUACUUCUAUGCCGUCACCCUAGUUGACUCGGUUGAAGAAAAUGGGUGCGUCUCAAGCUCAAAAGAUGGAACAGCCAAUUUGUUAGGACCAAUGAGCAUGCAUCAAACUAUGGGGGUAGCUCUCUACAAUAUAGCUGUGGGAUUGUGUUUAUCCGCCAGAGAAGAGAAAGUUGGAGCAUCCAUUACUAUGGCCAUGUGCUCAACACCCAAACUCGCUACUUGGGACCUUGUUGAUGUUUUGUAAAAAAUUUACUGUAGGAGAAUUCAUGAAAGUUUGUGAUUCCCUAUGGUUGUAUUCAAAAUUUUAAAAAAAUUCUAUUGGCACCAUUAUUGGCUCUUUUUUAACCCGAUUUCUGCCAAAUACUGUAUAUGCUUCAGUAUAGGCCGUGAUUUCUAAUAUUUAUUUUUUGGAACAAAGUAGGGGGUUAACAUGUUCAAAACUCACAAGCUGAGAUGGCAAGUUACUAUGGUACAGUAUGAAUGCUGGAUUUAGUCAUGUAGGGCCCCUGGGCAAACAGUGUGUGGGCUCCAACCCUGUUUUAUUAUUAUUGCUAUUAUCAUUAUUUCCACUAUUACUGCUAAUAUUUCUAAUAAUUUUGUAACUACUGCAUUUCAUAGUUAUUAUAGAUUCCUUUUUAAGACCGUUAUAAAUUAUCUGUAAAUAUGGUAUUUGCUUCAGUCAAAUAUCAGAGGAUUAUAUUAUGUUUUAAAUUCAUUAUAAAUUAAUAUUUGCUGUUGUUGUGUAUAUUAUUUUCUUGUAUGGGGCUCCAGUUUAUGGGGGACCCUGGGUAAUUGCCCCCAUGACCCUCUCUUCAAUCCAGUCCGGAUGGUACAGUACUGUAUGUGUGACCACGGUUUGAGGGACAGUGUCAGAAGAUGAAAUUAGCUUGUUAUUCCAUCUUUGAAAUGUAAUUUGAUUCUUCUACUACUGCUGCUCAGUUCUAAAAGUAUGUUUGACAAACACAUAUUAGAAAUGCUUGGAUGAGAGUAGGACCUGCAUAAAAUGAGCUAGUAUUGCAAUGUUCAAAUAUUUUUGUUUUUUUAUGCAGGAAAUCACUGGCUUGGCAAUAGCUGUAUAUAAGUGGAAAGAAUUAGCUGAGACUAGCAUGGGCUAGUAGGCCUACUGCAGAGUUCCUGCAGUUUUUAUAUUUCCUUGCCAUGAAUGGUCUCUUGAGUCCUGUUUUCUCAUUCUUAUAAAACAUGGGACUGAAGAGGCUACUCAUGGCAAACCAUUUCCUUGAUAAAUGUCUUGAAUUGCAUACAAGUUUCUUUGUCCACAUAAUUUUAGUAUUGCCAUAUAUGUUCCUCAUACAGGAAAACUGUAGUUUGGCAGUAAGCCAGUAGGCUUACUGCAUUACUGCUUUGUUUUUGUGGAAGAAAGCACUGUUUAAUAAAUGAGUUCUCAGUGAGUGGGAAUGUGAGGCGAGACAUGUGUAUAACAUUGGUAUUUAUCAAGAUGUUUGGCUUGGGGGAGUUUUUUAAUCCUCUGAAUGAGAAUGACAGCAAUGAGUAGGACCUACCUAGUAUCAGCCAGUAGGCCUGCUACAGUGCUCCUCUGUUCUUAUUAGUGUGAAAGACUGCUUUUGUUUUUCAUGAAGCAAGACCUUGAUGUAAUGAUUCCAACACAUUUUCAAUCAGAGAUAAUUUUCCACUUUAUUUUAGUCUUGUACUUUUGUUAGGCUAAACUUUAUUAAGCACUAUAUUUUUUUGUGUGCAAAGAAGAGAAUACCGCAUUCAGUAUUUUAAUUCUCUGAUGUUCCUCUUCUGUCCCUCAAGAACUAGGGUAGGCUUGUACAAGAGACAUGAAUGAGCAAAGAUUUUUGGGCAGAAAGUCGGGGGUUUACCUUUAUGCAGUCAUGCUGUACUUUAGCAUAUACGGUAAAAGUAUAAUUAAUAUUUUUUAAUGACUUGAUGCACUCUCCUUUAUUUUAAAAAUUUUGACUGAUUCUGUAUAUACCUUUAAUGUAUUUUUGUUUCAAAGUUUGAGGAAUAACUUGACAUAUAAUUAAUAUAUUUUAUAAAAAGGACACUAAUGGAACUCACUAUGUCAUUGAUAGAUAAUUAUUUUUGGUAGCUAAGAGUUUUAAAUAGAAUGAUUUUAUCCAUUAUUUUUUUACCUGGUACAGCAGUCAUGCAUUUUUGGUUGUGAUCCACUCUAGUUUAAUUAGUGCAGUUUUUAUACAUACAUGUACUUAAAACCCUACUUAAGAAUUGCUCUAUAUAUAUAGUAUUGAGUUAUUGGCCAAGAACUCCUAGAUUCCUACUUCUUGAUCAUUUUUUUAGCAUUUUGAUUUUUAAAUAGCUUAAUCUGGUUAAGUGCUUACAAAAAUAGUUAGCCAAAAUUAAACAAUUCUUUUUUGUAACUUUUUUUAACCUUAAUUCAUGAAGCGUUAACUCUACUUGGUCAUUCACUGCAGGAAGGGGUGGAGGCUUGGUCCUUUGGCCACUGUUUGCAGCCUGGUCUCAGGCCAGUCAGGUUGCUUCUGCUUUGUAUUAUGAGAGAUACACUAAAUGAAAUUUGAAUUUAGAAGUUCUUCAGAUGUUAGCAUUGUCUUAAGAAUAAACUUGAUUUUCAUCGCCUUAAAUUUCUUCUUAAUUAAGUUCGACUGUUCUAUUCCAUAUUGAAAACAUUCAUUACAGUGAAUCUUGCUUUACAGUAUAAGGAACAGUUUUGUCUUGCAUUAAUUUUUUGGAGAAUCUUGCCUACGUUCCAAGAGUAGAAUAUAUACAUAACUCCUCUUUUCUUGUUUUUGGCCAGUCCCUCAACAUUUGUAAAUACUUAGCCAAAGGUUUAACUGAGAAAAGGUAUUCAUCAUUAGGCAAUUCAUCAAAUUUAAAUCACCUCUGGUGCUGGUUUAAAGUUCUGUAUAUAUACUUGACAACUAAUCCUGCAGUCCAGGAUCACACUUACUGUUUGGAGAGGGUAUUCCUUGAAUUUUUAUGAACUGUAGAGACAGUGAUACCACAACACAUGUCAGAAACAAUUGUCUUCAAAUAUUCUUUUUUUUUUCUUUUUUUUUUUUUUUUUUUUGAGUUGUGUGUGCACGGUUGGCAUUAGCAAGAAAGCUGGGCUUUACAGAUUUUUUCAAAAUGCCUGUUUUUGAAUCGUACAAAAGAUGAAGGGUACUUAAAAAACAAACUAGCACAUAAAAUAUCUAUUUUAAUAUUUACUUUGAGGAAGAGAAUUUAUCCCUUUUUUGCAUAAUUAUCAAGCAAUAAAAGCUGGACAUGGGUUAUGAAUGUAUACGUAUUAUACUGCAUUAUCUGUCUAAAUUUUUUUUACACCUGCAUUUCUCACUGAAACGGUUAACCUAGAGAAGGACACUCAUUUGCUAGCUUUUAUUUUAAAAAAAACUGCAUAGAGAUCACAAUUCAAAGGACUAAACUGCAGCAUCCUCAUGCAUUACACAAAUAACCCGCACAUAGAAGAGAGGAGCUUACGACAAUGUUUCGGUCUGACUUGGACCAUUUGCAAAGUCACGCUCAUAAUGACAUGAUUGUAAACAACUCGCCAAAUGGACUAUUUGAACCCACGGCAAACCAUUUCUAAAAGUAGCAGGCCAUGGCAUUAUCUUCAGCCAUGGUGGAUGCAGAGUUCUGGAGGAAACUACUUAUCAGAGAUGUAGAUAGGCAUAAUAAGUUUUACAGUGCAAGUAUUACAAAACCCAAAACUAUAAUUAUGAUUGAAACUAUCCUUUGAUGUUCAAAAUUAGGUCUGUUAGUUGUGUGCAAUCUCUCAAGUGUUGCGGAAAACAUCAUUAUCAGUAGAGUAUUAGUAUGCAUGUCAGUGUUGUGAAGAUGUGUGGGUACCCAACAUACUGUGUGGUUUAUGGGGAUGUUUGAUGUCAUAAACUUCAAGAAGCAUGCUAUGAAACUUUUUUGGGUUUAGUGCUUAACUUGAUUAUACAGUAUUUUUUUUAUUUUUCCACAAACCACCCAUAUCCCACCAAUGCAGGGUGACCUAAAAAUAAAAACGAAAGUAUUAUUAUUGUUGUUAUUGUUAUUUUACCAAGAAGCAAGCACUGGUCAUGAAAUUAAUUAACUUGUAUUGACAUCAUUUCCAUUAGGUCAUUGAAAUAUGAAUCUGGGUUAAUUUCAUGUAACAUUUUUGUAAUACCAAAUCUGGGUUAAUUUCAUGUAACAUUUUUGUAAUACCAAAUCUGGGUUAAUUUCAUGUAUCAGUUUUAUAAUACAGCAUAAAGCAGAAACUAAACUGUAUGGCUUUAAAAACUGGGUCAUUCUUCAAAAAUAAUAUUAAUAUUGGUAGCUUUCUCUUGAAAUAUUUGAUUAUGGUAGCAAAUAUGACUCGAGAUCUUCAAAACAUUAAAAUAUACAUGUGCCAAAUAUAUUAAUGCAAAAAUGAAUGUACAGUGGACCCCCGGUUAACGAUAUUUUUUCACUCCAGAAGUAUGUUCAGGUGCCAGUACUGACCGAAUUUGUUCCCAUAAGAAAUAUUGUGAAGUAGAUUAGUCCAUUUCAGACCCCCAAACAUACACGUACAAACGCACUUACAUAAAUACACUUACAUAAUUGGUCGCAUUCGGAGGUAAUCGUUAUGCGGGGGUCCACUGUAUUUUGCAGGUGUUUUAAUUACAGUACAUAUCCAAGGAACUACAUUUUGAAACCUGGAUUAAACUGUGAUUCAGAAGAAAGCAUUAGUGUAAUUAUCUAUUUGUCAUGAUCACCUAAUGUUUUAGGAUUUAGCUGUUUGUCAGUGCAUGUGGAUGUAUGUAAUGCAUGUGCAUCAUUGUCUACAUUGAAUGCACACAUGUAUAUAUAAUUAUAAAUACACACACACACAAUGCAAUAAAAAAUUAUGCAUAUGAUUACUUUUGUCACCACAAGAGCAGGGCUGUGCCUUUCCCUGGCUCCCAUUCCACGCUUAUUUGUGAAGGAAUGUUUUCUUGUAUCCAAUUGUCACUGCUUUUUCACUGUUCACAGUUUCCCCUCUGUUGAGUUUGAAAAGAUUUCAUAGUAUUUUGUUUUGUCCUUUUAUGAUCUUGCUUGUGGCUUUUAUGCUUCCUCUUUUGUGAUCUUGCUUGUGGCUUUUAUGCUUCCUCUUUUGUGGACUUGCUUAUGGUUUUUGUGUUUUCUCUUUUAUGAUCUUCAUUAUGGCUUUUAUGUUCCCUCUUUUAUUCCUAUCAACCAGUGAAGGCAUCUUUAGUUUUUUUUUUUCCAGAAAUUUAACAUUAUCUACUGGAACACCACUUGUUUAUUAAAAUUAAUUGAUCUAAAUCAGUGUAUGCAUUUGUCAAGUUAGGUAUCAAUAUGCAUUUUUGUUUUAACAGGCUGGCAGUAUCCCACCAAGGCAGGGUGACCUAAAAAGAAAAACAAAAGUUCUUUUUACAUUUAGUAAUUUCUACAGGAGAAGGGGUUACUAGCCCCUUGCCCUGGCAUUUUAGUCGCCUCUUAUGACACACAUCAUUUAUGGAGGAAGAAUUCUUCUCCACUUCCUCAUGGAGGAUGUGCAUGUUUUUUUUUUUUUGUUUUUUUUUUUUUCUUCCAACAAGUCGGCCGUCUCCCACCGAGGCAGGGUGACCCAAAAAGAAAGAAAAUCCCCAAAAAGAAAACACUUUCAUCAUCAUUCAACACUUUCACCACACUCACACAUUAUCACUGUUUUUGCAGAGGUGCUCAGAAUACAACAGCUUAGAAGCAUAUAUGUAUAAAGAUACACAACAUAUCCCUCCAAACUGCCAAUAUCCUAAAACCCCUCCUUUAAAGUGCAGGCAUUGUACUUCCCAUUUCCAGGACUCAAGUCUGACUAUAUGAAAAUAACCAGUUUCCCUGAAUCCCUUCACUAAAUAUUACCCUGCUCACACUCCAACAGAUCAUCAGGUCCCAAGUACCAUUCAUCUCCAUUCACUCCUAUCUAACACGCUCACGCACGCUUGCUGGAAGUCCAAGCCCCUCGCCCACAAAACCUCCUUUACCCCCCCUCUCCAACCCUUUCGAGGACGACCCCUACCCCGCCUUCCUUCCCCUAUAGAUUUAUAUGCUUUCCAUGCCAUUCUACUUUGAUCUAUUCUCUCUGAAUGACCAAACCACCUCAACAACCCCUCUUCUCCCCUCUGACUAAUACUUUUAUUAACUCCACACCUUUUCCUAAUUUCCACACUCCCAAUUUUCUGCAUAUUCCCUCAUCAAUUCUAUGAUUAACCUCAUCCUUCAUAAAUCCAUCCGCCAACACGUCAACUCCCAAGUAUCUGAAAGCAUUCACUUCUUCCAUCCUCCUCCUUCCCAAUUUGAUAUACAAUUUUUCUUUAUCUAAAUCAUUUGAUACCCUCAUCACAUUACUCUUUUCUAUGUUCACUUUCAACUUUCUACCUUUACAAACAUUCCCAAACUCGUCCACUAACCUUUGCAAUUUUUCUUUAGAAUCUCCCAUAAGCACAGUAUCAUCAGCAAAAAGUAACUGUGUCAAUUCCCAUUUUGAAUUUGAUUCCCCAUAAUUUAAUCCCACCCCUCUCCCGAACACCCUAGCAUUUACUUCUUUUACAACCCCAUCUAUAAAUAUAUUAAACAACCAUGGUGACAUUACACAUCCCUGUCUAAGACCUACUUUUACCGGGAAGUAUUCUCCCUCUCUUUUACACACCCUAACCUGUGCAUGUAUUUUUUUUUUUUUUUUUUUUUUUUUUUUUCAACAAGUCGGUCGUCUCCCACCGAGGCAGGGUGACCCAAAAAAAGAAAGAAAAUCCCCAAAAAGAAAAUACUUUCAUCAUCAUUCAACACUUUCACCACACUCACACAUUAUCACUGCUUUUGCAGAGGUGCUCAGAAUACAACAGCUUAGAAGCAUAUACGUAUAAAGAUACACAACAUAUCCCUCCAAACUGCCAAUAUCCCAAACCACUCCUUUAAAGUGCAGGCAUUGUACUUCCCAUUUCCAGGACUCAAGUCCGACUAUAUGAAAAUAACCGGUUUCCCUGAAUCCCUUCACUAAAUAUUACCCUGCUCACACUCCAACAGAUCGUCAGGUCCCAAGUAUCAUUCGUCUCCAUUCACUCCUAUCUAACACGCUCAUGCACGCUUGCUGGAAGUCCAAGCCCCUCGCCCACAAAACCUCCUUUACCCCCUCUUUCCAACCCUUUCGAGGACAACCCCUACCCCUCUUUCCUUCCCCUAUAGAUUUAUAUGCUUUCCAUGUCAUUCUACUUUGAUCCAUUCUCUCUAAAUGACCAAACCACCUCAACAACCCCUCUUCUGCCCUCUGACUAAUGCUUUUAUUAACUCCACACCUUCUCCUAAUUUCCACACUCCGAAUUUUCUGCAUAAUAUUUACACCACACAUUGCCCUUAGACAAGACAUCUCCACUGCCUCCAACCGUCUCCUCGCUGCUGCAUUUACCACCCAAGCUUCACAUCCAUAUAAGAGUGUUGGUACUACUAUACUUUCAUACAUUCCCUUCUUUGCCUCCAUAGAUAACGUUUUUUGACUCCACAUAUACCUCAACGCACCACUCACCUUUUUUCCCUCAUCAAUUCUAUGAUUAACCUCAUCCUUCAUAAAUCCAUCCACCGACACUUCAACUCCCAAGUAUCUGAAAACAUUCACUUCUUCCAUACUCCUCCCCAAUUUGAUAUCCAAUUUUUCUUUAUCUAAAUCAUUUGAUACCCUCAUCACCUUACUCUUUUCUAUGUUCACUUUCAACUUUCUACCUUUACACACAUUCUCAAACUCAUCCACUAACCUUAGCAAUUUUUCUUUAGAAUCUCCCAUAAGCACAGUAUCAUCAGCAAAAAGUAACUGUGUCAAUUCCCAUUUUGAAUUUGAUUCCCCAUAAUUUAAUCCCACCCAUCUCCCGAACACCCUAGCAUUUACUUCUUUUACAACCCCAUCUAUAAAUAUAUUAAACAACCAUGGUGACAUUACACAUCCCUGUCUAAGACCUACUUUUACCGGGAAGUAUUCUCCCUCUCUUCUGCAUACCCUAACCUGAGCCUCACUCUCCUCAUAAAAGCUCUUUACAGCAUUUAGUAACUUACCACCUAUUCCAUAUACUUGCAACAUCUGCCACAUUGCUCCUCUAUCCACUAUAUCAUAUGCCUUUUCUAAAUCCAUAAAUGCAAUAAAAACUUCCCUACCUUUAUCUAAAUACUGUUCACAUAUAUGCUUCAAUGUAAACACUUGAUCUACACAUCCCCUACCCACUCUGAAACCUCCUUGCUCAUCGGCAAUCCUACAUUCUGUCUUACCUCUAAUUCUGUCAAUUAUAACCAUACCGUACACUUUUCCUGGUAUACUCAGUAAACUUAUUCCUCUAUAAUUUUUACAGUCUCUUUUGUCCCCUUUCCCUUUAUAUAAAGGGACUAUACAUGCUCUCCGCCAAUCCCUAGGUACCUUCCCCUCUUUCAUACAUUUAUUAAACAAAAGUACCAACCACUCCAACACUAUAUCCCCCCUGCUUUUAACAUUUGUCAUGAUCCCAUCAGUUCCAGCUGCUUUACCCCCUUUCAUUCUACGUAAUGCCUCACGUACCUCCACCGCACUUACAUUCUGCUCUUCUUCACUCCUAAAAGAUGGUAUACUUCCCUGGCCAGUGCAUGAAAUUACCGCCUCCCUUUCUUCCUCAACAUUUAAAAGUUCCUCAAAAUAUUCUCGCCAUCUACCUAAUACCUCCCUCUCCCCAUCUGCUAACUCCCCUACUCUGUUUUUAACUGACAAAUCCAUACUUUCCCUAGGCUUUCUUAACUUGUUUAACUCACUCCAAAAUUUUUUCUUAUUUUCAUUAAAAUUUCUUGACAGUGCCUCUCCCACUCUUUCAUCUGCUCUCCUUUUGCACUCUCUCACCACUCUCUUCACCUUUCUUUUACUCUCCAUAUACUCUGCUCUUCUUAUAACACUUCUGCUUUGUAAAAACCUCUCGUAAGCUACCUUUUUCUCUUUUAUCACACCCUUUACUUCUUCAUUCCACCAAUCACUCCUCUUUCCUCCUGCCCCCACCCUCCUAUGACCACAAACUUCUGCCCCACAUUCUAAUACUGCAUUUUUGAAACUAUUCCAACCCUCUUCAACAACCCCCCCCCCCCCCCGCACUACUCAUCUUUGCACUAGCCCACCUUUCUGCCAAUAGUCGCUUAUAUCUUGCAUGUAUGUGUGUAAUAUAAAUGUGUAUGUUUGAAUGUGUGUAUACAUGUUUGUCUUUGGAAGAUGUAUAAUCAUAUACCACACAAGUGGAAAAGUAGAAGGAAAAUAUCAGACAUGCACAUGUAAGGUCCUUAUACAUAUUUCUCUUAUUUUGAUUUUUUCCUUGUACUGUUUUCUUAAUAUGUGCUGAGGGAACCUACACUCUCCACAUUGUUUUUAAUUCAGGCAAGUAGUGACUGCUUCACUUAAGCAAUAGCCAAAUGACCAUGUGAACUUCGACGAACAUUUCAGUUACUGCAAUAAAAGUAUUGAUAGAUUUAUAGGAAUGAAAUGUUUAUAGAAUACUCUACAUGAGGCCAUCCCUUCAAGAAAGAGAAGUUCCCAGAAGGAACAUGCAUUUACCAAGGUAAACAUUGGAUUAGUUAGGACUUUAAUGUUUCAGAUAAAGGAUUCACAUAAUCCCACACAGGUUUUGGGAAGUACCAUUUCAGAGGUCCCAUAUAUUUUUUGUUGUCAUGUUAGAAAUUUUGUCUCUCAUAAAAGGGAAGUGUCCAACUAGGCUGUUGAAGUGAACAAUUCUGUUAUUUUUUUAUAUACUGUAUAAAAAAUAUUUUGGAAAUACGUGUAUCAAUACUGUUUCCAUUUAGAUUUUUGAACAAUAAAUUUCCUUUUAAU